AUGGUGUCAUUCUUGGUGACGAUAAUGCUAGGAGGGGGGCUGGAGGAGGCAUUUGCUCAGCAGCUGGCGAGAAAUGUCAACGUUACUACAAGCCGCAAUUCAGAGUCUCUCAUUAUGGGGAGAGGGCCACCACGUGGUUGUUGGAUGGUGUUGUGGUUGGUGAACUGCCAGGACUAUAACUAUGUUGUUGUGAUCUUGGGAAUAAGGACAAGUGUGAACAACCUCAUAAAGACAUAUGAGAGUAGUGAUGGUGAUCUGGAGGGUGGUACUGUUUUCGGUUCAACAAGGGAGGUGUGGGCAGGGUUGGCAGUGCUGCUCUCUCUCCCGCUCCUUAUCUCUCUCCUUCUCCAUCCCAAUCGCCACAUGCUUGCCAUCCGGGCCCAUGUUCCCAAGACUGUUCAUCCUUGGGUGGCUCCUCUUGAGAAUCCUGCAUCCGAGGUUGCCUCUAUGAGGGUCCUAACCAUUGUCUUGCUGUUGAACCUUUCAGUUAUUAUGACAGCAGCUGUGGUUAUUGUUGGUGAUGGUGAUGCGAAAGGGAUGUAG